UGCCGUUCCAAAGCAAUUGUCAUCUGACUUUGCUCUUUUUGAAUUUUCAUAACAGUAGCAUUCAGUUCUUUAACAUGAUUUCUUUUUAAAACGACUUUUUCUGAGUAAUUAUUUGACGGAAAACAGGAGAUGAUCGUGGCUCACCAAGUUCAAAUGAAGUUGAAGAGGAACAACAGUUAAGUUCAUCAUCAGAUGAAGAUGAUUUGGAUGAUCUUGAAUCAUCAAAUUUUCUGUCGUUGCAAACAACACCAGCUGCUUCAAAAAAACGUGCUAAAAAACCAAUAACUAAACUGUCUGUUGCUAAACGCUUACGGUUUUCAGCGAAUGAUAGUAGUUGUGAAAACCAGGAAGAUCAAAAGUUAGACUUUCAAAAACUCCUAAAUCAUGUGAAAGAACUGAAUGCUACUGUUAUGAAAAUUCAAAAAGAGCAAAGUCAGAUGACAAUUGCUUUGGAACGUCAGAACAGUGUUUUACAAGAUUUGUGUAAAAACCAGAAAAAAUUAGCUAAAAGUUUCAAUAGACAUCAAAUUCCAGUUGUGCUUGAAAACGAUGAUGAAAACAGUUUGAAUUUGAAUAAUGAUCUAUCAAUGAAUUCCCCCAUUGUAUUUUCUCACUCUCAACAGGCUUCAUGCCCGAUUGGCAAAUAUCUUUAUCAAGGCCAAUGUAUUUUGUGCACACCUGGUUACUAUUGUCCAGAUGGUGAAAGUCAAAUCAUUUGUUCAAGUGGCCAGGUUGCUCCUGGAUACGGCUUUAGAAGUUGCCAACAGUGCUCUGCGGGAUGGUAUUCAACAUGCAGUGCACAAGAAACAUGCAUAAUUUGUCCAAAAGGUUUUUACUGUCCAACAAAUAGCCAGGAGCCACAACCAUGUCCCGUGGGUUUCUACAGUCAUUACGGUGCUAUCAGUUGUACGCAAUGUCCAGCAGGGUAUUACACGACUUACACCAAUUCAAGUUACUGUUUUCAAUGUCCCAUGGGUUAUAUGUGUAGUGACCCAACUCAAUGUCCACAACCGUGUCCAGCUGGAAGCUACCAACCAAAUAUUAUGUCUACCUCGUGUGCAGCAUGUCCUGCAGAACACCAAUGUGGAACUACCACCAACCUUCUUCAAUGCACAACAACAACGUGUAUUCAAGCACAAACAUGGUCAUGCGAUCCCAAUCAACAAAGUCCACCGCCAUACGUAUGCACAAAUAUUGGUUAA